UUAUUGUUGAAAUAAACUGCGAAACAUAACCUGUAAAAAUUUUCAAAACUGUCAAACAGAUUUAAGCACAGAUUUAAGCAAAUAGCAAGAAUCUUAAUUUCUAUCGAAAUAUCACCAUAACAAUGGGAAAAACGUCGAAGGAUAAGCGCGAUAUAUAUUAUAGAAAAGCAAAGGAAGAAGGAUGGCGAGCCCGAAGUGCUUUCAAACUACUACAAAUCGAUACUGAAUGUCACAUUUUCGAUGGAGUAUCCAAAGCAGUGGAUUUAUGUGCUGCACCUGGAAGCUGGAGCCAAGUCUUAGCUCGCAAGUUGAAUGAGAACUACAAGAAGGCUUUAGAAACGGGCAAUGCAUCUCCUCCAAAAAUUGUAGCAGUUGAUUUGCAGGCAAUGGCACCCUUGGAAGGAGUUAUUCAACUACAAGGUGACAUUACCAACACCAAUACUGCACAGCAGAUCAUUGCGCAUUUUGAUAAUACUCAAGCAGAUCUAGUAGUAUGUGAUGGAGCACCUGAUGUAACUGGUUUACAUGAUAUGGAUAUAUUCAUUCAAUCGCAGCUUUUAUUAGCUGCUCUGAAUAUAACAACACACAUCUUGAGACCUGGUGGAACGUUUGUAGCAAAAAUCUUUCGUGCUAAGGAUGUGUCGUUCUUGUAUGCUCAACUGAGGAUAUUUUUCCCUUAUGUGUAUUGCACAAAACCCAGUAGUUCCCGUAAUUCAAGUAUCGAGGCGUUUGUAGUUUGUAAAGACUAUUCUCCACCAGAAGGCUAUAAACCGCACAUGCUGAAUCCUUUACUGACGCACGAACCAUGCAAUUUUGAAGAGUUAACAGGAGUCAAUAGAAUCAUUGUUCCAUUUGUUGUAUGUGGAGAUCUUAAUCAACCUGACUCUGACAUGUGCUAUCCAUUAAAUUUAGAUGGGAAGAAAUACAAGUAUCAUGAACCAGUACAAACUCCAAUAGCACCGCCCUAUGCUGAGGCGUUAUCUUUGUUAGAAAAUAGAAGAGCUGGAAGCUCUUUUACUUUUGAUCAUGAGACUGAAUUUAACGAGACCGACAUCAAUAUAGCAAUUGAAAACGGUGCAUCAUCUAUGGCAGAAUUCAAGAAAAAUGCAUUAAUUACUGCUACAGAAAACAACUCUGAAGAUUCUGAUGCAAUUGCAAAAACUGAAAGCAUUAAAGAUGAGAAUAAAGAAGAGGAAGCAACCAUUGCUGCGUUACAAAAUUUGUAUGUGUCUGAGGAAGCUGGAAAUAUAGAUAAUAUUUUAAUAUAAUAAAUGAAAAUAUAU